CGUGUCCAGAACAUCUGCGCUUCACUGCAGUGACACGUUAAGGGCGAAGAGCUGAGAGUGUGACACUCCCAUCCUAGUGUCCGCUAACAGCUCAGCGCAGAGCCGCGCCAAGCGAGAUAUCAUGUCUUCAGCAGCUGCACCGCCAACAGGCGGGGGCGUUAGCUCAAUCUUGCCUCUCGAGCUGAUCGAUCGCUGCAUCGGCUCUUCCAUCUGGGUGGUUAUGAAGACCAAUCGCGAAUUUGUCGGCACGCUGCUCGGAUUCGAUGACUACGUCAACAUGGUGCUUGAUGAUGUUACCGAAUUUGAGACGACACCCGAGGGGAGAAAGAAGACUAAACUGGGGCAAACAUUGUUGAAUGGGAAUAACAUCUGCAUUCUCAUCCCGGGAGGUGAAGGCCCGGAGGCAUGAGGAGCGUACAGCGUCAAUGCGCAACAUGCCUCUCUUGUAUUAGUAUCGUACACAUUGUCAUUGCGCAUAUUUGCCAACUUCAAUUACUCUAAGAAUCAUUUGCGAAUGAAUGCUGG